AUGGUAGAGACGAGAGCGAACACAGAGAAGAAGAAGGAUCCAGUGAAAGGAGAUCUAGAUUGCGAUGCGUUGGAUGAGAAGGUAUCAUCAACGCGACCUGAUGUGGUAAGAUAUGAAGCUCAAAACUAUUAUCACGGUGUUACAAGGUUGGGUCGAAUUGAUUUCCCUAGAUUUGAUGGAAGUAGGAUCAAGGAAUGGUUGUUUAAGGCUGAGGAAUUUUUCGUUGUUGAUUUCACGCCGGAUAAUAUGAAGGUUAAGACGGCAGCGAUACAUUUUGAUAGUCACGCAGCAGCUUCGCACCAUUCAUUUGUUAAGUCUAGAGUCGGAUUGGAAGUUUUGUAUGAUUGGGAAGGUUACGUGCAAAUGUUGUUGGAAAGGUUUGAAGAUGUGUGCGAUGAACCCAUGGCAGAGCUUAAGCAGUUGCAAGAAACUGAUGGCAUAGUGGAUUAUCACCAGAAAUUUGUGUUGAUCAAGCUUAGGGUGAAUCUUUCUGAAGCUUACUUGGCUCAUCCUAAGAAACCUUUUACAACAACUUGGUCUCUUAAGUUAAGCAAUGCUGGUCCAACUAUCAAGUAUACAAAGGAGAAUGAUGUUAGGACUGAUCAGCAGUGGGGAAAAGGUUCUGUCAAAUCCAUUAAUCCAACACCAAGGAAGCUAUCUCAGCAGGAAAUGAGUGAGAGGAGAGCUAAAGGAUUGUGUUAUCUCUGUGAUGAGAAAUACACCCCAGAACAUUAUCUGGUGCAUAAGAAGACACAACUUUUUAGUUUAGAUGUGGGAGAUGAAUUCGUAGAUGCAGAGGAAGUGUUGUGGGACGAGUGUGAAGUGGAUCCCAAAGGUAUGCCACAGAUAUCAGUUAACGCUAUAUCUGGUAUCUCGGACCAUGAGACGAUGCGGGUGAAGGGAACUUAUGAUAAGAAGAUAUUGUUCAUUUUUAUUGAUUCUAGCUCAACACACAAUUUUGUUGACUCAAAGAUGGUGGCUAAAUUGGGUUGUAAGGUAGAGAGUGCAGGGUUAUCUCUUGUUUCAGUGGCUGAUGGAUGGAAGUUAGCAAUUAAUGGCAAGGUGAAAGAUUUCACAUGGAAGUUACAGGAUACCACCUUUCAAUCUGAUGUGUUAAUGAUUCCUUUACAAGGAAUAGACAUGGUACUGGGUGUACAAUGGCUUAAAACGUUGGGACCAAUUACCUGGGAGUUCGAAGAAUUGGAGAUGGGGUUCAAGUAUAAGGGGCAACGAGUAUUAUUAUAUGGCCUUAAGUCUGGUUCUGUAAGAGAUGUGAAGGCACAGAAGUUGCAGAAGGUACAAGAGGAUCAAGCUCAAUUUGCUCUGUUGUGUGUGCAGAAGAAACGGGAAGAAGAGAGUGAGGAUAUUUGUACCCUUAGUACAUUAUCGACAGAGGCAAAAGUUGAUACGGUUAUAGGUCAGUUGGUGGAAGGGUUCCCUGACCUCUUUGUUGAACCGACAGAGUUACCGCCAUUCAAAGCACAUCAUAACCAUAAGAUCAAGUUGUUAGAAGGGUCUAAUCCGGUGAAUCAAAGACCGUAUCGUUAUGCUAUUCACCAAAAGAAUGAGAUUGAUAAGAUUGUUGAAGAAAUGUUGUCUGGUAGUACCAUUCAAGUCAAUUCCAGUCCCUAUGCUUCUCCAGUUGUGUUGGUUAAGAAGAAAGAUGGAUCAUGGAGGCUUUGUGUUGAUUAUAGGGAAUUGAAUGGCAAUGACAGUAAAGGAUCGUUUUCCUAUACCAUUGAUAGAUGA